AUGGACGCAACUACUGAAAAAUAAACAAUUCGUUAAAAACGCGUGCUGAGAAGCUCUACGACGGUUUUCCAAAAAUAUGGACGUAAUUGAAGGAAAUAUCAAUAUUCCUCCAGACGUAUUAGCAGACUCCAUGGCUGCAAGUGUCGAUUUGCUACCAGAAAAGACCAGGGAGCGAUAUCAAAAAGAAUACGAAGAUUUCAAGGAAUGGCUUAAGAUUAAGAGGAUCAAUUUAGUAAAUGAAGACGUGUUAUUAGCGUACGUAAAGGGAAAAUCGGAAAUGUACUCGCCCAAUUCAUUAUGGACAAAAGUUUCAAUGUUGAAACUCACUUUGAAGGUAUAUGACAACAUUGACAUUUCAAGAUUCGGAAAAUUAUUCGCCUUUUUGAAACGAAAGUCUGAAGGUUACAGACCAAAAAAGUCUAACAUUUUGUCUGAAGAGCAAGUCAUGACAUUUUUAUUGGAAGCUGAUGAUGGUGUAUGGCUCCUAGAAAAAGUCAUCUUAAUAUGUGGAAUAUUUGGCGCUUGUAGGGGUGAUGAGCUUUUUAAGUUGAACGUGGAGGACUUUGAAGACACCAACAAAAACGUAAUAGUUACAUUGCGGAUCACAAAAAAUAAGAAAAGCAGAGUGUUUUUAAUUCCGAAAGAAGGACUUUCCUUCAAUGCGUAUCAGUUAUACCAAAAAUACGCGGAAAAACGUCCUCAAAAUUUAGAAACUCGGCGAUUUUUCAUUGUCUACCGCAAAGAAAAGUGUGUUAGGCAGGUUGUGGGCAUUCAUACCAUUGGGGGUGUUCCCAGGAAAAUUGCUAAGUUCUUAAAAUUAAAAAACCCAGAGUUAUACACGGGCCAUUCGUUUCGGAGGUCAUCCGCUCCCAUGCUUGCAGAAAAUGGCGGCGAUCUCCUAGCAGUGAAGGAACUUGGAGGCUGGGAUUCAUCUGCGGUAGCGGAGUCGUAUAUUGAAAAUUCUGUUUCGAAGCGAUUAAAAAUCACCAAACAACUAUUUCAAAGGUCCAAUAGAAACUCUGAAAUUACAACAUCCAUAGCCACAGCUUCUUCAUCAAGUGUAACAUCAACAGGUGAUAGUGGUCCUCAAGUUUCCUACGAUGGACUACAGAUUUCUAGCAAUAAUAACUGUCACUUUCAUAUUCAUUAUAAUAAGUAG